CCGCCCCCUUCCAGGAGUGGGGGGCAGGACUGGCUGUCGGCCUGCGGGCCCGGGGCUGGAGUUGGGGGGUCGAGGCCCGAGGCCCUAAAGCCGCCCCCCGCCUCCACCGGAGGAGAAGAGGCUGCCCUGCUCCCGGUCUCCGCCAUGGAGGCUUUCUUGUGGGGGUGCCGGCCCGCCCUGCAGGAGCAGAGCGUUGGUGAAGUGCACGUGGUGUUGGGAAACGAAGCCUGUGACAUGGACUCCAUGGUGUCGGCCCUGGCCCUGGCCUUCUUCCUGUCACGGACAUCGGCCCAGCCCUCAGUUGUGCCCCUGCUGAACAUGGCACGGGGCGAGCUUCCCCUGCGGGGCGACAGCGUGGCCCUGCUCCGUCGGCUGCGCCUCUCCGAGGCCGCCCUCAUCUUCCGGGACGAGGUAGACCUGCAUGCCCUCCACCGGGCCGGACGGCUCUCCCUCACCCUCGUCGACCACCACGUCCUGCCCAGCAGCGACGCGGCCCUGGAGGAGGUGGUAGCCGAGGUCCUCGACCACCGGCCCCUGGAGAAGCAGUGGGCGGCCCCGUGCCGAGUGAAGGCCGAGCCCGUGGGGUCGUGCACCACGCUGGUGGCCGAGCGGAUCCUGCGGGAAGCACCCCACAUCCUGGACCCACAGCUGGCGGCGCUUCUGCACGGGACCAUCGUGCUGGACUGCGUCGACCUGUCCCCCGCGGCUGAGAAGGUGACCCCCAGGGACGCCCGCUGCGUGGAGGAACUGGAGUCCCGCUUCCCCGAGCUGGCCCCCCACAGCCGCAUCUUCCAGGCCCUGCAGGAGGCCAAGUUCGACGUCUCGGGCCUGACCACGGAGCAGAUGCUGAGGAAGGACCUGAAGGUCAUCUCCGGGGAGGGCGGGACCCUGGCCCUCAGUGCUAUCUACCUCACCCUGGAGGCGUUCCUGCAGCGGCCGGACCUGGCCCCGGAGCUGGCGGCCUUCUGCCAGGGUCGGGGCUACGACGGGCUAGUGGCCAUGACCAUCUCGUUUGACGCAUCCCGCCGGCCCACGCGGCACAUCGUCGUCUUCUGCCCCCAUGCCGAGCUGCGUGCCCUGGUGUGCGAGACGCUGGAGCAGGCCCAGAGCCCAGCCCUGGGCCUCAGCCCGGCCCCGAGCCCGCACCCCGACCUCUGCGCCUUCGCCCAGGCCAACGCCGCGGCCUCACGCAAGGCCGUCCUGCCCCUCCUGCGCGCCCGCCUCGCGCCCCCCGAGGACGACCCCCCAUUGCCCCCGACCCCCAUGAACAGCCUGGUGGACGAGUGCCCGCUGGCCCGGGGGCUGCCCGGCCUGUCGGCCGAAGCCGUCUUCGAGAAGUGCAGUCAGAUCACCCUGGCCCGCUCUGCUGCCAAGUGACCCCGUACCCCGUUGUGUGCCCCCUUCCCACCUUCCCGGACUUUGUGAAUUAUUUAAUUUAGUUCUGGAAACAUGCACUGAUUUUCACCCCUCCCCGCCCUCCCAUACACACACACCCCUACCCACCCCACCAAGACUGAAGAAGAAGAGAGGAGUGGGGCCGGCAGACAAUCGUGGGCAGGGGUGUGGGCAUCUGCCUCCCCCUGCGCCCAGGCUCUCCUCCCCGCUUGGGGGGAUGAAUCCAGCUCUCCCUUUCCCCAGUGGGGUCUCGGGGCUGUUGGAGACUCCUUGGGGCUGUGGACUUGGGUCCUGGCCCCCCUCAUCUCUCCUAGCGCAGGGUGGGGACCAGCAGAUUCAUCAGCGGUGAGGAGGGCGGUGCGGGCCAAUCCCGGAGCCGAAGGGAGCCGUUGGGGCCUGUAAACUGACGAUGAGGCCUCUCCGCGUCUUGUUCAGGCAAUAAAUGAGGUUUUCCUGCA